ACAUGCAACGUCACUGGUGUUUUGUCCAAUCAGUGAGCUACGUGUAUCACGCUGUAGGUGACGUCACAGUUGUUAACAGCCGAAGAUGGCGGCGGGCGGACGGAGCUGUGUGGACGGACGGACCCCUGAAUGAGGACACUUACCCGGGGCUGAAGGAGGAGACUGACCCGGGGCUGGCACUCAGGAGAACCGCUCUACUGCCCCGUACGGUACCCGUGCACCGCUCCCCUCUUUAGGUUCAGGAUUAAAGCCUGUGAAUGGCGCUGCUGUACGGACUGCUAUGGCGGCUGCUGCUGCUCCUGGUCCACGUCAACAGAACCGUGGUGUGCUGGCUCCGUGUCCGGGCUCGGAGCUUCCAGGGUCGGCUGUGGGAACGGGCCGUGGCCGCCCUCUUACUGCCCGUGGCGCUCAUUGGUUUUCCGGGCCAACAGAAGAAGCUGAACCGUAACCCGGACGGCACCGUUUACCCGGUGCCCGGAGCCCGCGCCGCCGCCGCCGGUCGCCGGUCCCGGUGGGUGUGUGACGGGAGGUCCGUGGAGAAGCUGCCGGUGCACAUCGGCCUGUUGGUGGCGGAGGAAGAGCCCGACUACACGGACAUAGCCAACCUGGUGGUGUGGUGCAUGGCCGUGGGGAUUUCCUAUGUCAGCGUUUACGACGAUAACGGCAUUUUUCAGAAGAACAACUGUCGUCUACUGGAGGAGAUAGUGAGGCAGCAGCAGGACUUACUGGGAACAGAGGGCUCCAAAUAUAACGUGGAGUUCCUGAGAAACGGCAGCGAAACGCACCAACACCACGGUCGAGGGGAGACGAGGAUCUGUAAAAUCUACGACUCCCCCUGUCUGCCCGAGGCCGAGGCCAUGUUCGCCAUCAACGCAGACGGAGUAGGGGACGCCAAGGAUUGA